AUGAGUUACAGUGCUCACGACGAAAUAUCCUUACAGAUUGCCGUCGGUCGAGGCCUAGCAGUCGAGACCGUCAGAGGACACAAGAACGCACAACUUCGCGAACUUGUACCAACACUCGAAAAGUUUCUGUCGUCUAGCUGCGAAGAAGAAGCAAAGUGCGAUGCGAAAUAUCCUUUAAUCGCCAUUUUGCGCUGUAAGUGGGACCCCCAACAGCCAGACGGAGUGAAAUCGACACGUAGACUUUAUUACUACGAGGGAUUGCUCGAUGAGGAAAUGACACUAGAAAAGAUUCAGGACAAGAUAAGGAGAGACGAUGGGCCAUUGGGUGGCGUCUGUAGACUGGUACUUAUGAGGGUUGAAAAACUAAUGUAUAAAUAUUGCGCCCAAACGACAGUCAAUGCUGUAAGGGAUCCAAAACAACAUGUCCAAGACUAUGAAGGUUCCAAAGAGAUGCAAGAGGGUCAUGCAAAGUCGAGUCAAGACACUAGAAAUGCAGACGAGGCUGUGCAAUCUACAGAUGUACACGAGAGAAAGUCACCAAAGCCAGACACAGUACCAACGUUGGAUACAGCAAAACAGGAUACAGCUAACUCUAGGGCACAGCAACGAGAGCAAGUAGAAAGAAGUUUCGCAGGCGCGCAUGCGGUCCUGUUCAUCUUUUUACUGGGAUUCUUUCGUUCGAACGGGACUGGGAAGAAUCUUUCGUCCCAAUGGGAUUUUAUGUUUUUCGUCUUCGGUUGAGACGUUGAACUUUCUGAAUGCAAUACAUACACAUUUCGCUCACUUUUACACAGUCUGCAAAGUCUAGUCGUUUUCAGAAACGACGUAGAACGCCUAGGAACC